GAGCUCAGCAGAGGAAAACAGGAGCCAAGCAGAGGAAAACAGCUCAGCAGAAGAAAACAAGAGCCAAGCAGAGGAAAACAAGAGCCAAGCAGAAGAGAACAGGAGCUCAGCAGAGGGUAACAGGAGCCCAGCAAAAGAAAGUGGGAACCCAGCAGAGGAGAGUGGGAACCUGAUGGAGGAGAGCAGUAGCCCAGUGGUCCCAGAGAAGUGCAGCACACCCCCUGUCCCUCUGGAAGGCACCGCUGACCCGGCGGAUCUCAGCCUGCCCACCCCGUCCCCUCCCUGCCCGCUCUCCGUGCACUGCCAGGACGCCGUGGGUCACAACAGUUCUGCCCCUGCAGCAGGAGAUGCUGAAGCGGGGAUCCCGAUGGAGGUGCCACAGGAGGAGGUUGCUGCAGAGAAUCUGUCAAUGCCCAAAACACCCUCUAAGGGUCUGGAAGAGGACAAGGUUCAGGAAGAGGAGGCUCUGAAGGAUUCAGGGAAUACUGGCCAAGAUCUGGUGGCUGACAUUCCUGAAGAACCAGGAAAGGAGGUGGCACCAGAUGUCCACAAGAUGACAGACCAGGCAGGUCCCAGCCCAGGGGAGCCGGAGAAGGACUCCUGCGUGGGCCGGCCCGUGCCCUGGCAGCGCAAUUCCGCCCGGGAAUUUUACUCCUGCCCCAUCUGCAGGAAAACCUUCCUGCUGAAGAUCAACCUCCUGAUCCACCAGCGUGGCCACACCAACUGGGUGCCCUAUGUCUGCGUCCACUGCGACCGCAAGUUCAUGUCCAAGAAGAAAAUCAGGCGGCACCUGCGCGCCUGGGCGGCCAACGGGACGUGCCAGCCCUCGGAGCUGGAGGUGUGUCCCAGCCAGGUGCCAUUCCCAGCGUCCCAUCCCCAAACCUGGCCAGCUAAUGGCAUGUACCAGGCCUCAAAGCCAGAGGAGUGUCCCGGUAGGACACCGUGCCCAACAUCCCAGCCCCAAGCCUGGGCACCCAAUGGCACCUGCCAGCCUUUGGAUGCAAAUGGAUGUCCCAGCCAAGGGAUGCCGUGCCAAACAUCCCAGCCUCAAACUUGGGCACCCAAUGGCACCUGCCAGCCUUUGGAUGCAAAGGCAUGUCCCAGCCAGGGGCCGUGCCCGUCAUCCCAGUGCCCAACAUCCCAGCCCCAAACCUGGGCAGCCAAUGGCACCUGCCAGGCCUCGAAGCCGGAGGAGUGUCCCAGCCAGAGCCUGUGCCCGUCCUCGCAGCCACCAGCCCCGAGCAGGGACUGUGGCACGGUGUGGCAGGAGCCCGGCCCCGCCAGGUGCUCGCUGCCACCUGGAAAAGUGAUGUACACGUGCACCGAGUGCCGGGAAAGCUUCUCCAACCAGGUGUUCCUGACGGUGCACCAGCGCCGGCACUCGGGCCACCACCUCAUCCUGUGUCCCUGCUGCAACCGCAGCUUCACCUGGGUCUCGGACUUUGUCCGGCAGCACUGGAUGCUCAUGGGCGUCCGGCCCCACCAGUGUGGCAUCUGCCAGAAGACCUUCAAGAGGUUCUCCCACCUCAAGGCGCACCAGAGGAUCCACAGGCGGCAGGAGAGGCCGUUCGCCUGCGCCAACCCGGGGCCCGUCGUGGCGGCUCCCGCGGCUGGGGACGGGGUGGGAAGCCAGGCUGUGACCCCCCAGGGAUGGGGCCCUGCUGUGGGACCUUGAGGUGAGCUCCCGGAAUGGGAGGCCGCUGUUGGAUCUCAGGGUGUACACACAGGGGUGGGAAGCUGCUGCUAAAAUUUGAGGUGACCUCCCAGAGAUGUGAGGUGAUCUCCCACGAUGCUGCUGAUGACUUUGAGGUGACGUCCCGGACACAGGGUGCUGCUGAUGGACUUUAAGUUGACCUCCCUAGGAUAGGAGGCUGCUGUGUGAUCUUGAGGUGAAGAAUGGGAUAAUGCUGCUGGUGGGCAUUAAGGUGUCCUCUCAGGAAUGCGGUAUGUGAUGAAUUUUGAGGUGAAGAAAUAAGAUGCUGCUGUUGAACCUUGAGGUGGCCUCCCAAGAAGAGGAUGGUGCUACUGGACUUUGAAAUGACUCCCAGGGAUGCAAUGCUGCUGCUGGAUUUUGAAGUGACCUCCUGGGGACCGGAGGCCACUGUCAGACCUUCUCCCCUCUAUCCCUCUCCAGAUGAAGGCUGGAAUAUGGACAACAUUUUCUGGCUCCCCUGCCCUGGUGUGGGGACAGGGGUCACCUGCCCAGCCCAUGUGAGGGGGCUCCUUGUUCCCAAGCCCUGGUGGGUGGGUGGGAUGCUGGGAAUGGGUCCCUUUCCUGGAGAGUGCCAAUAGAUGCUGUAGAAACCAG